UUCUACAGAUCGUAAAAAUACGACUUUCAUUUGAAUGUAUUUAUAAUUGGUCGACAGCUGAAUAGUUGAGUUUGCUUUACUGCGUCAACUGAGUCAGACGUCAGAUAAAAAAGUGAGGCGAGAGGGAGAAAGUCUUUCUAACCAAAUUGGAACAAAUUUAUUAUUUUUUUUGUUAAAAAAAUUAACUGAAGUACUGUUUUUGUACUAACUGAAUACGUAUCGCUUAUAGGAAAUGUGUCUUGCCAGAAAUGAUGUCUAGUGGAGCAAUAAAUGAUAAUUGGGAAACAUAUUUUUAGUUGGGUUUCCCCGAAUUUCAAGUUUCUUGUUGGGUGAUUUUUCGAUACGUUUUCUGUCAUUUUGUAUUACCCAAAAUGAGUGAUUUCACUCCCAGGAACUAUCAAGUGGAAUUGAUGAAAAUAGGUAUAGAUAAAAAUACCAUAAUAUUCUUACCCACAGGAUCAGGAAAGACAUUCAUAGCCCUUAUGAUUUUAAAACAGAUGAGCCAGAGCCUUUUGAAACCUUAUUCUGAAGGAGGAAAGAUCUCCAUAAUUUUGGUCAACACAGUGGCAUUAGUAGACCAACAUGCCGGAUAUAUUCUUCAGCACACCCAUUUCUCUGUGGGACGAUAUACAGGUGAAAUGAAUGUCGAUGCUUGGAGGAAAGAUAGGUGGAAUGAUGAAUUUGAUAAUAACCAAGUAUUGAUAAUGACCAGUCAAAUUUUGGUCAACUUAAACAAUCAAAACUUUAUUGAUCUCAAUAGAGUAAAUCUUUUGAUCUUCGACGAAUGUCACAGAGGGGUCAAUGACCAUUCAAUGCGCCAACUUAUGAAAUCUUUUGGAACCCUGGUAGAACCUCCAAGGGUUUUAGGAUUAACCGCACCUCUGCUCAAUGGUAAUUGCAAACCUGACAAAGUAAUGGAUGGUGUUUUGGCACUGGAAACGACUUACCAUAGUAAAGUCGCUACAGUCGAUGGCUUAGCAGAUGUAGUAGGCUAUUCUACUAACCCCACCGAGGAAUUCAAAUUCUGCCAAGGGCAUACCUUGAGGUAUCCCGAAUAUGUAGCAGUAGAUACUCUGAAGAGGACGAUAGCUGUGUUGAAAGUCAUUCGAAUUGAAUGCUUUCAGAACAACAUCUUGGGCUUGAAGCCCUUGGAUCCAGGGGAUACAUACAAAAGACUCUGGAAUUUACUAGAAGACGUCAUAGUGCACAUCCAGAUCAUGGGGACUUACGGAGGGGUCAAGGCCGCUGUAUCUCACUUGAUACAGAUUGAACGGCUGAAACAGCACUGCGACGAUGACAAAUUCAUGGAUAUCCUCAACACUGUUCAAACCUCGCUCUCUUUCAUCAAACAGUUUCUGGAGGACAGCAUGAAGGGUCACGACGAGAAGAGUCGCAUUUACAAUUUCUCCUCGCACAAAAUUCUAACACUUCUGGAAAUCCUGAGAGAAUUCAGGACCAAAUCGCAAGAGGAACUGUGCGCGAUCAUUUUCACUGAAAGACGCUUCGCAGCUAAAGUGAUUUUCUUCAUACUGGACGCGUUAAGCAAGUGCGACCCGGAAUUCAAACACAUGAAGACAAAUUUCAUUGUGGGCUUCAACAAUAACCCUUACAACGACACCAGGGAAUCCAUGUUUCAAUCGAAGAAGAACAAGGAGGUUCUGAACAGUUUUACCAACAAGGAAAUUAACGUUCUGGUGGCUUCCGACGUUUUGGAAGAAGGGGUCGACAUUCCCCGAUGCACUUUGGUGGUGAAGUACGAUAAACCCAAAGAUUACAGGUCUUACAUUCAGUCGAAGGGUAGAGCAAGGCACAAGGCCAGCAUUUAUUAUAUGAUAGUGGAGGAAGAAGAGAUCACCAAAUACUCUGCCAAGUACAAGGACUUUCAGUUGGUAGAAGAAACUUUGAAUAAUUAUUUGAUUGGUAAAAAUACAGAGAGGCAAGAACCAGACAAGGACGAGAUUGAAAAAAUGUACCAAGAAGACGAACUGCCACCUUAUUAUGUGAACGGACCUGGAUCUGCUCAAGUCAACAUGUUGUCGGCUAUUCCAUUAUUAUGUCAGUACUGCAGUUGUCUUCCUUCCGACAUUUAUACAGAAUACGCACCUGAUUGGUAUAUUAAAACAUCUAGCGAUCACACGGAAACGAAAAUGUACAGUGUUGUCAUUAUGUUGCCGACCAUAUGUCCAAUUGUAGAUGUGAUCGAGGGCCCGAGUUUGAGGUCCGCAAAGAACGCAAAAAGAGCGGCUGCAUUAAAAGCUUGCAUACUGCUCCACAAAGCUGGUGAAUUGGACGACCAUCUUCAGCCUCGCAAACAAGUAGUCAAAGAUGAAGACGUCGGUUUUCUGUUCAAACAUUAUCCGGCGAUCAAAGAAACAAAUGCGGGGGUCACCAAAACUAGGAGGUUGCAUAAGAAACAGAUUUCGAAAUUUGCCCAAGGCCAAAUAAAACCGUAUAAUGAACAUUUUCUUCACGUGAUAGAACUAGAACCGAAUUUUCAAGUCAACACCGAAGACAUAAAUUACAAAACAAUCUACGACGUGUACACAUCUCCGCUAUGUUACGGAAUCAUAACCCCAAAUCCGUUACCGACUUUGUGCAGUUUCCCGAUCUACGUUACCAUGGGAACGAUAAACGUUACUUUGAAGGUGAACGCAUACACCGUGACCUUGACGCAAGAAGAAAUCGAUGUCAUCAAAAAGUUUCACUUCCAAGUGUACGACGAUAUCUUGAAGAUAGUCCAAUCGUUUUUGAUAUUCGAUAACUCUGUAAACGCCGAAAUGCUGCUGCUAGUCGCUGUCGAUAAAAUCAAGGGAGGAAUCGAUUUCGAUGCUAUGACCCUGCACGGGGAAGUGAAGCUAGACAACGAAUUGACCACCACGGAAAAACAAGAACUGGAGGUCAAUCAAGAGACUUACCUGCGGAAGAUAAUUUGUCCCUGGUAUAGAGCGGACUCGCCGGUUUACAUAGUAACCGAGGUUUGCCUCAACAGAGACGCCUAUUACGACUUCCCGAACGAGACAUACGGCAGCUUCAAGGAAUAUUUCGAGGAGAAGCACAAGAUACGGAUAGUGAACCCCACGUUGCCGCUGCUCUACGUGAAGGGACUCACGAAACGCAUCAAUUUCAUUAAGCCUGUCGGCAAGGAGGCUAAGAAGAAGCGCGAAAGGAGCUACGAGGAGAUGACGGAGUAUCUGCUGCCGGAGCUAGUCGUCAAGCAGGACUUUCCCUCCGCUCUGUGGAUACAAGCCAACUUGCUUCCGACCAUCGUGUCCAGGAUCAGCUACAUGCUACAGAUAGAGGAACUCCGGUGCAAAAUCGCGCAGGAAGCCGGACUGGGACGAAAACUUGUACCCACCAAGAAGCCCCUGGAACUGGACAAUUACGUGCUCGACUACGUUCCGUUCAUGGAAGAAGAACAAAAAGACGACGUACUCAUCGAAGCGAAUCAAUUGUUUAUGAAUAUACCGACGCUUCAGAUCAAUACGGAUUUCACGAAAAAGAUGCUGGAGGCGCAGUAUCCGUGGAAGGACGAAGAAGAACCGAAAGAUUUAGAACGAGACAUCACCGCGACCGUGAUGGACGUUGCCUACUACGAGACUUUCAUAAAUAAGGGGAGGGGUAGUUCUCCGGUGAAAAUGAACGGGGUGUCGUCGUCGCCUAUUCGAGAGCAGCAGCUGGCCUUGACGUUCCAACAGGACUACUUAGAGAAAAGUUUGGAGAUUCUCGACCGACCGUCCACCAUCGACGGUCCAGAGCUGCGCGACCUCUACAGGGCGUUGACGACCGCCAAAGCGAAUGACAUCGUCAACUUGGAGCGGCUCGAAACUCUCGGCGACUCUUUUCUGAAAUAUCUCUCCUCCGUUUACAUUCUGAUGCGUUUCCCUCAGUACAACGAAGGACGCGCGACGAGCCUCAAGGGCAAGAUGGUGAGCAACGAGAGUCUGUUCUAUCUCGCGAUCAAGAAGAACCUCGGAGGGAUAAUGAAGUACAACGAGCUCUCGCCGAGGAAUAACUGGCUGCCGCCCGCGUUCACGAUUCCCCGCGAGAUGGCGAGACGAAUCGAAGACAAGGAGCUUUCGGUGCACUCGCUGUUCGGUUUGAGCAUCAAGUAUGAGGAGCAGAUCGCCGGCGAGGUGGAUGAGGAGACGUUGGAGUAUAUACUCCAAGAAGAUAACCCGCCCGAGGACAACGAGGAGAAUUCGUAUCACACCAUGAGCUCGUAUCUGAAGUGCCAGUACAUUGGAGAUAAGCAAGUAGCGGACGUGGUCGAAUCACUGCUCGGAGCGUUUUUGCAGUCCAAUGGGCUUUCGGGAGGUAUUAAAUUCAUCGAGUGGAUGGGAAUAAUUCCCCAUUCAGAAAACGUUCAGAAUUUAUUGAACCGUCCGUCCCCAGACCCCGUACUGAACGUAAAGGGAAGCAAGAAAAAAAUCGAAUACCACCUACCCCAAGCCGAAGUUAUCGAGAAGAUUUUAGGUUACAAAUUCCAGAACCGUGCCUUCCUGCUGCAAGCUCUCACUCAUCCGUCGUACACUCCGAACAGGCUGACGCUUUCUUACGAAAAGCUGGAAUUCAUAGGAGACGCCGUCUUGGAUUUCCUCAUCACCUGCCACAUAUACGAGUCGUGCGGUAACUUGGAUCCCGGCGAAUUGACUGAUUUGAGAUCGGCCUUAGUGAACAACAACACAUUCGCCAGCCUUGUGGUCAGGCACGGCCUGCACAAGUUCCUGCUGAUGAUCAAUUCGAAGCUGCAGGUGCUCGUAGAUAAGUUCGCCAAUAUGAUGGAGAGGAAGAACCACGUGAUCGAUGACGAGGUGAUGAUACUGCUAGAAGAGGGCGAGAACAACUUGGCUGAAUCUGUGGAUGUUCCCAAGAUACUCGGUGAUAUCUUCGAGGCCUUAGCCGGCGCCAUAUACCUUGACAGCAAUAAAAAUUUGAAGACUGUUUGGAGGGUUUUCUAUAAGAUAAUGUGGAAGGAAAUCAACCUUUUCAGUGCAAACGUCCCUAAAAACGUUGUGAGGAGGCUCUUUGAAUGGACCGGCGCUCAUCCUAAAUUUGGACAACUGGUGCCUGUGAACAAGAAGAAAUGCGUCGUUCCUCUUUGUUUCAUGCUGAACGGAACACCGAAAUACGUCCACGGAUUCGGUAGCAACAAACAAAUGGCGAAGAAGGCUGCUGCUAAAUUGGCACUGCGUCUCCUCGCCAUUUCAAAAUGAUUGUAAGACUGAAGCAACUUUUUUACGAGCUGUAUAUGAUUGCUCGUUUAGAAAAGUCUAAUCUUAGACGUGUUUAGUUCUCUUUUGUUUUGUUCUUCUCAGACAGUUGCGUUUUGUGACUUCCAGUAUAGGACGUGUUCCGUGAAACGUUGGUUUUCUAUGAAGGGGUGGGGGCAGAUAUUGACAGGCGAUGUUGCCGGUUGUUCACUUAUUUCGGAAUAUACCCGGAAAAACGUGAUUUUCCCAGAUUAAGUAGGGUUUGUUUGGUUGUACAAAUUGAGAUCGAACGUCGAUGUAUGAUUUAUAUUGAUCUUUCAAAUAAUAUUGAUGAUGACAUAUUUUUAAUUGGUUUAACGAACCAAAUUGGGGUUAGAAUUUUCUUUGUUGCUUGCUUGUUGGAGGGUGGCAUAUUUUUAGUGAGCACUUCCCAAUAAUAAUGAUGAUCAUACGAAAUUAUUUCACUUUAUUGUUAUUAUCCAAGUGUUAUUAACAGUUAUAAAUAUUAACAAUAUAUGCGUACUCAAAAUACAGCUUGUCAAAUCUAGAAAGAGAUUUGAGGAAACUCUCUCUCUCUCUCUCAUAUUCUUCUAAUGAACGCACAUCUAGUAGGCGGGAGCGUAACGGAAUUUAGAAAGCUCUUCCUACAUUUGGCAAGCUGAAUUUUUAACGUAA